AUGGCGACCGGACGCGGCCGGCUCCUGCAGCUGCAAUGGCAGUACCUCUUGGCGCGGCCCCAGCCGCAUGGCUGCUUUGGCUCAGCUUUCCGGAGUCCCGGGGCUGCCGCGGGGCGCGCAGGGUUCAGAACGAGGCCAGGCGCCACGCUGCCCGAAGGCCCCGCCGCCCUGAGUCGCUGUGCCCGGCAGGACAAGGCCUACGGGAGGCCCCGCGCGGGCUGCUCUGCGUCCCUGGACAGUUUGCCCUCAGAGGUCCUGCUGAAGAUCCUGUCCUACCUGGAUGCGGCGGCCCUGCUGUGCGCCGGGUGCGUGAACAGGCGCUUCUAUCACCUGGCCAGCGACAAUUUUAUUUGGAUCAGAAUCUACUCAGCUGCCUUUUCACCUAAAAGAUCUCAUUGGAGAGUUGAUCCGGCAGAGAAGACAGACUUGUCUGUGAACUUACUGUCAGCAGGGGAUAAAGAAGCUGGAUAUUGGAAGAAAGAGUAUCUUACGAAACAGAUAGCGUCUGUAAAGGCAGCUCUAGCGCGGGUUCUCAAACCUCUGCACCCCCACACAGGCCUCCCACUGAAGACCAAGGAGGCCCUCAGAAUGUCUGGCUUAAGCUGGGUGAUCAUACUGAGAGGGGACGAUGGGAGAGAGUACACCAUGGAGCACGCACACCUCUCCUUCAACGAUUCCUCCGUCACGGUCGUGUGGUACAGCAAGGCCUGGCCGCCGCUCGCCACGCUGUCCACCUUGGACCUGUGUGGGGUGACGCCAGUGUUCAUGGGCCAGUCCAGGACCCCCACCAGGAUCAGGCCCCGAUGGCAUUCUCUGAUCACCAAGUACCAACUGAGCCAGCUGAGCGAGUUCAGCGCGGUGGGUGGCGACAGGCUGACGCGGGUCUUCUGCCUGCCCCCCGGCCUCGUGGUGGGGCUCUGGAAGAGGGAGGAGGAGCUGGCGUUCGUUAUGGCAAACCUGCAUCUGCACCUCCUCGUGGAGAGGAGCAUGCUGGGGUCGCCUGUUGUCCCCUACGAGCCGCCGCCUCACGCGCCCGUCUCGGACGACAGCCCCGAGCGAGGACUGCACGGCUACAGGCUCCACGUGGACAUGCACAGCGGCGGCGUGUCCUGCCUCUGCGGCUCCUUCCGCAACCUCUCCGCCAGCAAAGGAUGCCUUGAAAAUGAAUACAUGAAGCUCAGUGUGAUAAGUUUAAAAAAUAACACAGAACACCUACCUCUUAUUGGAAAAGUUGGCCUUUCUUGGAAAACUAAUAGUUUUGAUGGCUGUAUAAAGAGUUGCUCUAUAAUGGACUUAACUCUUUUGGAGGAGUACGGGAAACCCUUCUGGUGUUUCAGCUCUCCGGUUUGCAUGAGAUGCUGUCCCGGGCCCUCUGACGGCCCUCAUUUCUUGGGGGAGGCAUACUAUGUGGACUACUCGGAUUCGGAAGGCAGGCUGCACAUGGAGCUGGUGUGGAUCGAAGACACGGAGGAGUACUUCAUCGUCAGCCUGGCUCUCUACCUGCGGUUGGCAAAAAUAAACCAGUGGUUUGGGACAAAAUACUAG